CUGACGUCAGCGACGUGCGGACGGACGAGCGAGAGAGCGAGCGAGCCCCUGCCAGAGCUACCGGGAGGCAGCAGCGUUACCGCCGAGCGAGUGAAGCCCGCCGUGCGCCCCGCCUGGAGGAGCUGAACCGGAGGAAGGUCCGCCGCCCGAGAGCGACCGAGAAAGACAGACAGAGAGAAAGAGAGACAGACAGUGAAAGAGAGAUAGACAGAGAGAGGAACCGGACGAUGCGAGCGCUGCCCACCGCCGCCCAGUAACGGAAAGAAGACACGAGACGAGAAGAGGAGAGGCCCCCGGGGGACCGUGAUUUACCGAGAAAAAAAUAAUAAAUUAAAUAAUAAAAAAAAAUUAGAAAUAAGAAACGGACGGGCGGACGGACGUGUGGAUCCUGUUUGUGAGAAGAAAUUAAAAAAAAAAAAAACACCCGGAGAGCUCACCUUGUGGUUCAAUCAAACCGAGUGGAUCUCUAAUUUUUUAAUGCUUUAACGGAGCCGUGCCCCCGGUUUGAGCGAGCGAGGGAGCUGCCCAGAGAGAGAGAGAGAGGGAGAGAGAGAGUGAGAGAGAGUGAGAGGGGGAUCGAAGGCAAAGCCGAGGAGAGAAGGGGGAAAUACAGAAAAGACAAGAAGAAAGGAAAAUUUAAAAAGGGGGGAUUAUUUGGCAACUGCUGUAUUCCCACGCACAAGCCAAGCCCCGUUUGAAUCCGCACCUUUUUUAUUUUUAUUUUUUAUUUUAUUUUAUUUUUUUGUUUGUUUUUUAUUACACAUUUUUAUCACUAUUAUACGUUUAUAUUUUUUGUCGGGAGUCCCGGUGCCGGUACCGCUAUCAAGCUGUGUUCUCUAACCAUGGGAUGUACUCUGAGCGCAGAGGAGAGGGCGGCUCUGGACCGGAGCAAAGCCAUCGAGAAAAACCUGAAGGAGGAUGGACUCACCGCGGCCAAAGACGUUAAACUGCUGCUGCUCGGGGCCGGAGAGUCAGGGAAAAGCACCAUCGUCAAACAGAUGAAGAUCAUCCACGAGGACGGUUUCUCCGGCGACGACGUAAAGCAGUACAAGCCUGUCGUCUAUAGCAACACCAUCCAAUCUCUGGCUGCCAUCGUCCGUGCCAUGGACACGCUGGGCCUCGAGUACGGAGACAAGGAACGGAAGGCGGACGCCAAGAUGGUGUGUGACGUGGUGAGCCGCAUGGAGGACACGGAGCCCUACUCGCCCGAGCUGCUGUCCGCCAUGAUGCGCCUGUGGUCCGACUCGGGCAUCCAGGAGUGUUUCAGCCGCGCCCGCGAGUACCAGCUCAACGACUCAGCGCAGUACUACCUAGACAGCCUAGAUCGCAUUGGUGCAGCCGACUACCAGCCGACAGAGCAGGACAUUCUGAGGACCCGAGUGAAGACCACAGGCAUCGUCGAGACACACUUCACCUUCAAAAACCUCCACUUCAGGCUGUUUGAUGUAGGAGGUCAGAGGUCGGAGAGGAAGAAGUGGAUCCACUGUUUCGAGGACGUGACGGCCAUCAUUUUCUGCGUGGCGCUCAGCGGGUACGACCAGGUGCUGCACGAGGACGAGACCACGAACCGCAUGCACGAGUCUCUGAAGCUGUUUGACUCCAUCUGUAACAACAAGUGGUUCAAGGACACGUCCAUCAUCCUGUUCCUGAACAAGAAGGACCUGUUUGAGCGCAAAAUCACCAAGUCGCCGCUCGCCAUCUGCUUCCCCGAAUACACCGGUCCGGACACGUACCUGGAGGGCAUCGCCCACAUCAAGUCGGAGUACGAGAGGAAGAACAAGUCGCUGCACAAGGAGGUUUACUCCCACGUGACCUGCGCCACCGACACCAACAACAUCCAGUUUGUGUUCGACGCCGUCACCGACGUCAUCAUCGCCAACAACCUGAGGGGGUGUGGCCUGUACUGAUGACACACCACAAACACAGUGGUGUGUGUGUGAGUGUGUGUGUGUGUGUGUGUGUGUGUGUGUGUGUGCGGGCUGAUGACGACGACGACGACGAUCACACCGCACCUGUAUGACUUUACCGGCCAGCCUCCAUCGGUCCGAGUUUGACUCUGAAUUCAUCAGCUGAUUGACUGAAUGAUUGAUUGAUUGAUUGAUUGUCAUCCACUGAUCCAUGCAACCCAUUUUUUUUUUCCUAUUUGCAUUUUGUCAUUCUGAGAAAAAAGCUGGAAAUCUAGCUUGUGGUACGCAGCUCUUACACUUCCAUAUCAGCCAAACUCAGUAAAAGUUUAGGCUCCUAAAUAAGAAAAUUUUCACCCAAACCGGUCAGAUGUGUCCUCUUCUGUUCUUUAACUUGCACUUCAGUCUCCAGUAUUGCCUUUGAAGGGUUUGUACAUACAGUAGAAUCUCAUUAAAAACAGCCGGAAUGACUCUAAUCCGAAGUGGCAGCCAUCUUUGGUGUCCAGCAGCAGCGCCCCCCUUAAACUGUGAGGCACCAAAACCCCCACGCCCGGAGAAGUGUUUCUAAUUAUUCUGAUUCACAUCGGAGCCGUCUCCCCGCCGUGCCUCAGAUCUGCGAGAGUCACAUGAAGGAGCUGGUGUGAAACUGUGAAAAAAAAAAAAAAAAAAAAAAAAAACGUCAUUCAAGCCAAGUGGUGCAGUAAUCAGGGUGAAGUUCAGUUCACUCUCCCUUCAGUCGGCUCGGGUUGUGGAGACGUUUUAAGACUUUGUUGUGCAACGUGAAGAUCGUUCUGUCCGGUCUGUCAAGAGAGAGAAAUGCAAAAUCACGAGCAAACGAACUGCACUUUCUAUUCAACAUUUUAUAUAAAUACGAGUAAUGCAGCUAAUUCCCUUAAUUCCCUUAAUUAGUGUAACUAAUUCCCUUAAGGUGAUGAUCACGUUGCCUCGCAGGCCUGAAGAUCAGACAGAUUUAGAUGGUCUGAUUGCAGCUCUCGCUAAGCCGAGCCUGUUAAAGCAGCGUGAUGCCCGGCCGAGGACCUGUUAACGGCAGCCCGUCCGUUCACGUCGGUCACACACACACACACACACUCGUGUUUUUUAAAAAAAAAACAGAAGCUCCGAGUCAGCUUCGAAAACCCCUCGCGGGAACGCCGGGAUUAUCUCGAGAAGCUGAACUGUUCACAGCGCUGCCACGUAAUGAGAAAGUUAAUCCCAAUUAUGAAAAAUGCAUGACGUGUGUGUGUUUCUAUUUUUCAUCGCUGCAUUUUGAAGCCGUGCCAUUUUUGUCAGCCAGUUCAGAUUUAAAAGGCACAAUACGCCCACAUUAAGGGAACGCUAAAAAUAUCCUGUAUUUUAGCAGAGUAUCAUGUCUCUCUCUUGACUUUAUUCAGCAUAAUGAGCCGGCACAGGCACUGGCAGUGAAGUCCGUCUGCGGCUGAAUAAUAUUCAAGCUAAAUCAGGCUGACUAAUGAUGUUUGCAUAUUACACAUGAAGGCUGUCGUGGAAACCUUCGAGCCUUUGUGCUUUUUAGCCUCGGAUGUGAUGCAUGCUCCUGGGGAAAAAAAAAAAAAAAAAAAAAAAAAAAAAAGAAAGAGCAUCCAUUUGAUCCGUGCAGGAAAACGGCUCUGUAAUCUUGAACAAAUUUACAAGCGGGGAGUUGUACAGGUAAUUUUUUUGUUUGUUCGUUUUUUCUUUUUGUCCGUUUCUCCUUAAACGACCACACCAGUGAUUUUUAAUGUACUCCAUUUUUGCCACAUUUUACAUUGAAAUCAUUUUGCAAAUCAUGCGGGGAUACUAAAGAUUUCCCAGUGUAUAAUCAAUAUAUAAUCAAAAAAAAA